UGCCCUUCUUGGUCUUCCUGCACUGAACGUAUUACAAAGGAGAAAAAUACAUUAAUAAAUAUCUUGUCUUGCAAAAAGGAGGAGAGCAGGGAAAGGGGGAGGUGUUCUGAUAAAUAUUAUAUCUGCCGAGGCGUUUCUUUUCCGGAUUCCAUCUUGGUCUUCUUUUUUUUCUUUUAUUUGUUUUUCUGGAGAGUCUUCUGCAAUAAUAAUGUGUGUGAAGGACGGGGAGAAUAUGGCGGACAGAAUGGGACUGAAUGAGGAAUUUGGGAGGACUCCGAGCGACUUGUCUUCUUUGGUGAAGAGCCCUCUGGACAGCAUAUCUGAGAACGCAGUGGCUAUGGAAAAGAAACAUGACCAUCCUGCCGUCUUCAUUCCAGCCAUUCGAUCUGGUGAAUGGUCUGAUAUCGGCAAACGGGUACAGAUGGAAGAUACUCAUAUUUGCAUAGCUGAUCUUGCCAAGAAGUUUGGGUUUGCUAUCUUGGAUGGACAGACCGUUUCAUUUUAUGGCGUGUUUGAUGGGCAUGAGGGCAAAGAUGCUGCGCAUUUUGUUCGAGACAAUCUGCCUCGUGUGAUUGUGGAGGAUGCUGAUUUCCCACUGGAACUUGAGAAAGUGGUGACUAGGUCUUACAUGCAAACUGAUGCUGCAUUUGCAGAGCAAUGUUCCAAGCAGUCGGCUUUAUCUUCCGGCACAACUGCACUUACUGCCAUGAUAUUCGGAAGGUCUCUACUGGUAGCGAAUGCUGGGGAUUGUCGUGCAGUUCUAUCUCGACUAGGCGCAGCAGUAGAAAUGUCCAGGGACCACCGGCCCUGUUGCAUUAAGGAAAGAAAACGAAUAGAAUCUCUGGGGGAUAUUUCUGAGGGCUACCUAAAUGGAAGGUUGGGUAUAACCAGAGCUCUCGGAGAUUGGCACAUCAAAGGCAUGAAAGACAGAGAUGGUGGCCAAGGGGGUCCCCUGAGCGCAGAGCCUGAACUGAAACUGAUUACAUUGACGAAGGAUGACGAGUUCCUGAUAAUCGGGAGUGAUGGAGUUUGGGAGUCCUUCACAAGUCAAAAUGCUGUAGAUUUUGCUAGGAGGCGACUUCAAGAGCACAACGAUGUGAAGCAGUGCUGCAAGGAGCUGGUCGAGGAGGCAAUAAAAAGGGGUUCAGAUGACAAUCUCACAGUGGUCAUGGUUUGCUUUCAAGCAGAGCCCCCUGUCCAGAACGUCAUUCGCAGACCAAGAGGAGUAAGAAGAAGCAUAUCUGCCGAGGGGCUAAGUGCUCUCAACCAGAUUCUUACCACACAAUUUCCGCAGAGCAAUCCAUAGAUUCGGGCCAAGAAAUAGGCAGACCGGCAGAGAGGAGCUCUCACAGCUCAAACAUCAAAACCGAGAAACAAAAGGGUGCAUCCAGCUCCUGUUUAUUUUUCAUUGUUCAACACAUUGGAUGUGUACAUAUAUUUGUUGUAAUUAAAUGUAGUCCCUUGGAGAUGGUAACUCAUAACUGGCAUGUUUUGAGAGUGAAAAAAUUUUGACAUAAAUAUUUGAGGUUACGCAUGCCU